GCACCAGAUUUGUUGACCCCUAUCCGCCAUUUGCUGAGGCCUGCGAGUGGCGUCGUUUCUCUUCGGUCUGGGGCGAUUUUCAGCCUGCUUCGACUCUAUAUCAACCUUAAAAGGUAUCGGUAGACAGAAAUGGACAAGCAUUUCUCUGGACUGAUUCCUGUAGGAAACGAGGAAAAUUUUGCAGAAAAAAUGGCAACCGUACAUGAAAAAUGGCAGAACGAGAACCAAGGAAUGCCAUGCAAGGAAACUCUUGCUGUAGAGUCCUCAUCCGACAAGAAAACCGUUUCACAGGAAGAGCUGGUGGAAAAACAUCAAGAAGAAAGUUCGCACGUAUGCAGUCUAUGUGGGUAUAUUGCUGAUAGCAUGUCCAGCCUGGAUGUGCAUACAAGGAGACAUACCGAUCGAAAACCCAACAAGUGUGACCAGUGUGACUAUUCUGCGAAAUGGAAAUGGCAGUUAGACCACCACAUUGCAAAACACCAUGAAAAACCGUACAUGUGCGGGGAGUGCGGGUACAGGACAGGUAAAAUGCCUAAGUUAACUGAACAUAUGCAAACACACAUCGGUGCUAAGCGCGAGAAACCCUACAAGUGUGACCAGUGUGACUAUUCUGCUGCACAGAAAGGCACUUUAGACCGACACGUCAUGGCUAAACACGCUGGAGAAAAACCCUACAUGUGCGGAGAGUGUGGGUUCAGAACGGCUGAUAGGUAUACACUAACCGUACAUAUGCGAAGACAUACAGGUGAGAAACCCUACAAAUGUGACCAGUGCGACUAUUCUGCUGCACAGAAAGGUAGUUUAGACCAGCAUAUGGUUACGCACAUUGAAAAAAUGACUAUUCUUCUGCACGGAAAUAUGCUUUAAGCCAACACAUGGCUAAACACACCGGAAAAAAACACUACAUGUGUGAAAAGUGCGGACACACGACUACUAACGUGUAUGGCUUAACUAUUUAACACAUGAAAAAAACAUGCGGGUGAAAAACCUUCGAGUCUGAGUCAUUGAGUAUACUACUUUACAAAAAAAAGUGAUUUGAACAAACACGUGUCUGCAAAAAAAUGUACAUGGCUGUACAUGUGUGGAAGUGCUGAUCUGUCAAAUCAUUAUCAGAACAACUCUGCAAGAAGUUCGGACUGAAACUUCUGAACUCUAGUCCUUUCAGAGACUUGCUUCCCCAGUCAGUGUGAAGUCAGUGGGUGGCAAACGAGGACUAGCCACAAAUUGAAUUGCAUUCCCACACAAACCGGAACUUACCAGAACAGUCCAAUAUCUUGUAUUAUUCUACAGCUACUGUAUUGAAUAGGGGAUUAUGACCAUGCAUGAACAAUCUUAUUGUUGGUUGUUGAUUUUCAUGUUGGGUUAUUGAUUACUAUAUCAAUUAUAAAAACACACGAGAGAACGGCGAGAACACUGCAAAGCUGAAGUCACUCUGUCCGGUCAGCUACAAAGACCGUGAAGUGAGACAUCUUAAAAGUAGACUGGGAAAGUGCGCACUCUGUUCAUCCUAUGUAUAAUGCUAUCUACUGUGCCCGAAACACACCUACUUGGGACUGUACGUCAGGACUGUUUAUCUACAGAAACUAGUUUUAUCUGGGUCUGAAUUUUAUGAUGUAUCUGGGUCUGAUUUUAUUAAAUGUGACGUUAAUGGUUUUUAAACGAUUUUAA